AACGAAUCUCGAUUAAGAAAAAAAAAAAAAAAAAGAAAGUUUCGAUAAUCUUAGUCAUUUGGUAAAUAUCAUGGGUAAUAGUUAAUUAUUUAAUUUUAUCAUUGAAUAUUUCUUGUCACCCAAAAAAAGAAUAUGGAAUAUUAUUAAUAAUAUCAAUUAUCAUAUAUCAUAAUAUCAUAUAAUGCAUAUUAAUAAUUCAUAAAAAUUGAUUUUUUAUGUGAAGGUUAAUAAUAUAAAUCUAUAACAAAAUGUCGAACAUGAUAUCAAGCAAUCAUCAAGUUCCAUGGGUUCGUAUUAAUUAACAACUUAUGACAUAACAAAGCAAUAUAUAAAAAGUGUUAUUGUUAAUUUUUUUCCUCACUAUUAUUUUUAUAUUUAUCUACAUUUCUUUCUGGGUUGAUAGAUAAUCAAUAAUGAGACAUUAAAUGACAAUCAAUUAGAAGCAGCUUAUGAAAAAAAUCGACUGGAUCAUUGCAUGCAAUUGGAUAUCGAUUCAAAGCCAAGGUAUAACAAAUUCUUAUCCAUUGGCAAUCGCAAAUAUCAUUAACGCUGGUGCAAACAUACUUCGUUUGAAUUUAUCGCAUGAAACAGAAAAAUGGCACGUUAUUACCGUAAAAUCGAUCAGAGAAGCGGGAAAUAUUAUUUGCAAAUGUACCUCUAUAUUUCGUUCAAUCUCUGUGGCGCUUGAUUUACAUGGUCCCGAAAUACGUACUGGAAUAUUUCGCGGCGAUUCGUUAUCCAUGGAUCGUGCCGUAUUCAUCGAAGGUAAUACUGUACGUUUAUUGACGGAGGAUAAAAUACAACGAGCGGGUACGUCCUCUUGCUUUUGGGUGUCGUAUCAAGAAUUAUCAAAAGUAUGUCACAGAGGAGAUACAAUUUCGAUCGAUCGUGGCGCUGUAAUGUUGAAAGUUAUUUGUGUAGGAACCAGUGACAUACUGUGUAGGAUUAUAAAAGGUGGUAUUAUCGGAAAUACAAAAACGAUUCAACUUUUGGACAGCAUCAUUUCGUUCCCAAUUAUUUCCAAACAGGAUAGCAAAGAUAUCGAACUAGCUUGCAAGCUCGAAUGCGAUUUUAUUAUUGUCAAUCAAGCACGUAACAGAAAAAUGAUACGUUCUGUACGUGCCGAAAUAAAUCAAAUAGGAUGUAAUUGGAUUAAAAUUUUAGCGAAGAUCUGUUCCAAGCAGGGUUUACAAAAUUUUGACGAAAUAUUGAGCGAAGCCGACGGUAUUAUCUUUGAAAGAUCUAGUUUGGAGCUCGAUAUAGGAAUAGAAAAAUUAUUUAUCGCGCAAAAGUCUGUAAUAGCUAAAUGUAACAGGGCGGGUAAACCUGUCGUCAUAAAUUUUCGUCCAAUAAUCGAGAAAAUGCCGAAAAUUAAUGUAGAAUUAGUAGCAACUGCUGUAUUAGAUGGAGCGGAUACAAUUAGCUUGACUACAGGAAAUUUGAACUUGAAAGAUACUUUACAGCUUGUUCAAGAAAUUAAUAUUGUAUGUAGAGAAGCGGAAAGUGCACGAUGGCAAAGAGAAAUUUUCAAUACUUUUACUAAUUUGGCGACGAUACCAUUGGAUGUAGUGCAUUCGAUCGUCAUUGGCGCCAUACAGGCAUCCUUGAAUAGUAAUGCAGCAGCCAUCAUAAUCACGACUACGACCGGACGUAGCGCCGUCUUGCUCUCGAUUUAUCGACCACGAUGUCCCAUCGUAGCUGUUACGCGUUUUGGUUUUGUUGCCCGAUACUUAAAUAUCUAUUUUGCCAUACAUUCUAUUCAUUACCUUGCGUCACCUUUACCCGAUUGGAUUAAAGAUAUCAAUAUACGCGUGCGAGCUGGUUUGGAGUAUUUAAUAAGAAAAAAUUAUAUCAACAUUGGUGAUGCGAUAGUGGUAGUUGGACCAUCGCGACAAGAUGGAGGAUUAAUUAACACUAUCCAAAUGAUUUACGUAUCUUUUAAUCUGGUCAAAUCAUUCACAACAGAUCGAAUUACGUCGUUAUCGAAAAAUCAUGAGAUUUCAUUUUGAUUGGAAAAACGAAAAGAGAGAGGAAAAGAAAAGGAAAGAAAAAAAGAAAAACGAAUCAAAAGAUAAAAAAAUUAGCAAAAAUCUUAUUAAAAGACGACAAGAGAUUUCAAUACUAUCGUUAAAUUUAAUAAAAUCGAAUGAAAAUACAAACGUAAAUGUUGAUAGACUAUUGAGAGACAAGAAAAGAAACUAGAAUGUACAUUGAGAAAGUCCUUUUCAUUGACAAAACAAUCUGUGGACGUUCAAUGAACAGAUGGUUACGUCGUUGUAACGGUUAGCAAUGACGUUAUCUCUGUUAUAACUGAUUAGGUUCUACGGCUUGUAGAACGAAGGACAAAGUUCAUGGAGGUAGAUAAAACCGAUUGGAGGUCGGUUUCUAGUACAUACGUUCAAACUACUAUCGGUAUCUUUUUGUCUUCGGUGAAACAAGUAACAAGGUGGAUUUUUGACGUCAAGAUCUAAAACAACGAGUAAUACGAGUAUCGGUAGACAUAAUAACGUGCGUAAUAUCAAUGUCUUUACAUACAUAUAAUGUUAAUAAUAGUCACUUAUUAAAUAGGAUAACAUUGAGUACGAAUAAAAUAAUUCUACGAACGUAUUUAUAAAUUUACUGUAUAUCGUAUUUUAUCGUAUACAUUUAUACGUACAUACAUACAUACAUUUAUAUAUAUAACAUAUAUAUAUAUAUAUAUAUAUAUAUAUAUAUAUACACACUCUCUUUUCUAGCAUCGAUCGAUAUCUCCAUUAUUCUAGUGAGAUAUGUUUAUUUAGACAUUAGCUGAGAACGAUCUCGAGUAGACAUUAACACUAAACGCAUCCUUGUAAUUCAAUACGUUCAUAGGAAUACUUGAAGUUUGACGAGAAGUAAUUUAGUUUUUCAAGUGUCUGGUUUAAUUUCGAAAUUGUCCAAAGAUCGAUUCUUUGGAGAGGUAUGGUCUGAUACAAAAAAACUUUUCUUUUUUUUAUUAUUCUUAUCCUUAUUCUUAUUAUUAUUAAUAGUAAUAGUAGUAGUAGUAGUAAUAGUAGUAGUUAGUAGUAGUAUUACUAGGUUAUAUCUAUAUAAUAAAAUUUCAUAUUUUAUAUUCGUACUCCUUUGAAAGUAAUAAAUCGAGAUAUUAUCAACCGUCCGCCGCAAGAGACGCAACUCCGAGUUCUCCAAUUUAAAUUGCAUAAGGAUGCAAAAUCAACGAAUGAAUUUUUGAAUUAUGUUAAACUUGAAUGUCUAGUCCCUCGUGAACGAUGUAUAUAAGAGAAUAUUUGUAGAAGGGUGAAAAUAAGUUCUUGUAAACGUACUCACGCGUCUCGACCAGUAAAGAUUCUUAAGUAAUGAAAUUAGAUUGAAGCGAUCUAUCGUUAAUUCAUGUUACGAUCUUUCUUCGUCGUUGUAAGAAAUGUUAAUCGUUAAUUUUCAUUUAAAUUAUUUACCUAAGUAAAGUUUCGGUAUACUAUGAAGUUUAUUAAUUUUAUUUUAAAGUUGAUUAGUUCUUUUUAUUCGUUGUUUCUCUCGCUCUUUUUUUUUUUCUUUUUUUUUUAUACAUUUGAAACGACACUUUUUGUACAAGCUAAAAUUUCUAGUUAAAAUUUCUAGGUCAGUUUUUUUUACGUCUACAUUGCACGUCAUAUUAUUCUCUGAUAAUAUAAGGAAUAAUCUGUUUCAUUUUAAAAUCAAUCGUGCAAUAGUAUUACCGAUAUUCGUAUUUAAUCACGUUGUCGAUUGGUAAAAAGAAAAAGAAAAAAGAAAUAGCAAGGACUGUAGGGUGACUUUCGAUAUAUGCUUUGAUUUGUCAAAUAGAGAUUUAGUUUAUCGUGACUUAUAGAUUAGAUAAGUUAGAAAUAUAUUUCAUAUCUCUCGUUCUUUAACAUAGGACGAUUGCAAGAACCAAUAUAGUUUUUUCUUUUUGUUUCUUUUAUAUUUAUUUUUUUUAUUUUUUUCAAUCAAAUUAUAAUGAAACACGUUUGAGAGAACAGUUGUGAUUUCAGUUUUUUUUUCUUUCUUUUCUUCUUUUCAUUAUUUGUAGAGAUAAAAAUAAUGCAUGAUUGAAGUAUAGUUUAAUAUAUGAAUUAUACGAAAGUGGAUUACGAAAAGUGGAAUCUAUUUUGCUGCGAUCUUUUUUUUUUUUUUUUAAUCUAUACGUAUAUCUAUUACUUCGUCGAUAAUCGGGAAAAUGUAAGGAAAAUUGAAGAAAUUUUCGCUGAUAAUUAUCUAUUAUCUAUUGUCGUCGUAUAUUCUUAAUAAUGCUUUGUCGCGUUACUUAAUGAUUAUUCUUCAAUGGCACAGAAAAAUAAGUUAUUUUUAAAACGUUAGUCUCGUACUUAUCGUCGUCGUCGUCCUCGUCGUCGUCGUCAUCGAUAAUAUAAUAACGAAUAUACAUAGAUUUCGCUUGUUAUUUCUUUCAUCGUCUCUUUAAAUCUUCUCUUUUACAAAUUAUUGAUCUUAAGAUUUGUCAGAUAACUCGGAGAAAAUUAGUAUUUGCUUAAGCGAAAGAUCAUACUCGGUUAACUGAAAAGUUUUCCCUGGAUAUAUAUAAAUAAUCUUGAUAAAAGUAAAAAAUUCGUAAGAGGAAUAUAGACGAAAAGGAUCGUUUCUGAGUGUAUCUUUCUAAAAGCGAUGGUUUUUAAAUUUGUACCAGGGUCAAAUGAUACGAACGAAUUCGAAGAUUCCAAGAAAUGAAGAAAAAAAGAAAAAAAAAAGAAAAAGAAAAAUAUGUCGUCUCAUUGCCUUUCUAAGCAAACUGAUAAGACGUUGUCAGAUUGAAAAGAAGUAAGAGAGCUGACUAGAAUAUUCUUAAGGUAAAAUCAUCUUAAUGAAAGUGACUUGCAUAAAAUGCUUGCAUUGAUACCUCUUUUUAAAAGUCACUCCAUGUAUUUUAACUUUAUCAACUUAAACUUUAUACUUUUUCAAGUUUUUACUUUCCCUACCAUCACGCUUAUCUAAGACGUUCUAACUGUCGAUAAUUAUAAAAGAAAUAGAUCAAUAUUAUUUCUACAUUGGUUUCUAAUAUUUUGAAAAAAUUAAAAUUCGUCUUGUACAUAUUUCAAAGAUCCUAGAAAUCGAUAUAUCAUAAUGAAAAACAAGGAAAACGAUAAGAGGUAAACAAAAAUAUGUCCUCAAAGUAUGACAAAUUCUGAGAGAUGAAAUUCGACGAAUAACGUAGAACGAUCAUCUUUGUUAAACAAUGAUGACCGUGAUGUUUAGGUCAAAAAAGACGAAACGAAAAGAGGAAAGAAGAGAAGAGAAGAGAAGAGAAGAGAGAAACAAAGAAUGAAAGAAAGAGAAAGAUCCAUAAUAUUUAUAUUUCGCGCAGGAGUACGAUUCGAGCGACUCGAUAAUAUAUACAACAUGUAUAUACGUGUGGAAAAAAGAUAAUUAUUACACUUUAACGAGAGGAUUACGUCAGGACCCAUUGGCAUCGUUAAAACUACGACAAAUAUAAAUAUCAUAAUCGUCAUUAGGAAGAACCGAGUCACAUCGUGACUACCAUCCUCCGUGUCGUUGCUGGUUUCAAGGAAGGGUGAAUAGGAGAAGAGGAGGAGAGUGGAGAAGGUGGUGGUGAUGAAGGAAGAGGAGGAGGAGGAGGAGGAGGAGGAGGAGGAAGAAGAGGAGGAAGAGGAAGAGGAAGAGGGGAGAGGUGCUUGUGAGAGAGAAAUCGCGAGGAAGGGAUGAGAAGAGAGGAACGCUUGCGCCCCGUAACCGCGUGGCUGCUUUUCAAGCGGCCACCUGUGCACCCACCCUCUUCAUCCCCCAUCGAAAGCACCAUCGCGGCUUUCCCCGUAUAUAUAAAGGGAUCCACGGCAUCUCUACACUUCGCAUCAUUACUGCGGUAACGUGCGAUAGAGCUCACCGACGGUCCCUUACGACAUCGACUUUUUGUCAUCGCAUCGAUAGAUUAAAUUUAAUCUAUUAAAGAAGGAAAGAGAAGAAAUUCUCUUGGCGAUCAAAUUCUUUUUCUUCCGAAGAACUCGAAUCGGCGAACGUUCAU